AUGUGGAUGCACACACACCCCACUACAUUGCACUUCAUGACCAAGCUGCGACACCAUAAAUACCCAGCUGGUAGUGGAGCCUGGCCUGUUAACAACCUGAUCUACACAGCAGGCCAGGAAGUGGUACCACAUGCUGCUGUGCAAACAGAGCACGUGGUCCGGCCAAACAAAGGACCAUGUGUGUGUGAAAACCACCCCCUAUCACGGGAGCGCGGGCUCCGCCAGGAGAGGGCCCGGCCCGCGCGCGCGCUGUCAUUUUUCACUGCAGUUGAAACACCCCGUAAGCUCUCAGGAAGCAGCGGGGGUGGGGGGAGCGGCCGAGAGCAGGGGCUUGUGUCUCUGGCUCUUUCCAUCACCGCCCUGGAAAUAGCAGCGAUCGUGCACGGCCCGACCGCAGCUUCCCCCAAGCUGCUAAGAUUUCAUUUCACCUCCAGCAGGCUGCUUGGGGACUCGCUGGGAAAAGAUCACUCUCCCGGGAUGCUGUCAGGGGGAGGGGGCCCGGGACUGUAUACAGCUGUCAAAACGUCUCAGACGGGAGGCUCCGGCACAUCUGCUCGAGCCUGUCUCCGGCUGUGGGGCACGCGGGGAGCGCCUCAAACCUAUCUCUGUACUGGCGAGCGGUAA